UUUCUCCCUUCCCAACCUCAAAGGAGUACAGUGAGUACAUUUUCCUUAGACAGAAAGGAAAAGAACCUUCCAUUUUUGGCUCUGCCAAGAAGCUCAAAAAGGUGAUAAUAUAAAAAUAUAUAGCUAAUUGGGAAUUGAAUGUACAAAAUACAUUGUGUGGUGAUGCAAUAGAGAGCUGAUAAUCGGAAGGAGAUUGAGAUGGUAUAUUCCCGGAGAGAAAGUCCGGGAUCCCGGCUCCUGCUGCUGUGGCUUCUCCUCGUCUACUGGAAGGCAGGGAGCGGCCAGCUCCACUACUCGAUCCCGGAGGAAGCCAAACACGGAACCUUCGUUGGCCGCAUCGCGCAGGACCUGGGGCUGGAGCUGGCAGAGCUGGUGCCGCGCCUGUUCCGGGUGGCGUCCAAGGGCCGCAGGGACCUUCUGGAGGUAAAUCUGCGGAAUGGCAUUUUGUUUGUGAAUUCUCGGAUCGACCGCGAGGAGCUGUGCCGGCGGAGCGCGGAGUGCAGCAUCCACCUGGAGGUGAUCGUGGACAGGCCGCUGCAGGUUUUCCAUGUGGAGGUGGCAGUGAAGGACAUUAAUGACAAUCCGCCCAGGUUCUCCAGACAAGAACAAAGAUUAUUCAUUUUAGAGUCAAGAAUGCCAGAUUCGCGGUUUCCGGUAGAGGGCGCGUCGGAUUUGGAUAUCGGAGCAAACGCACAAUUGAGAUACAGGUUAAAUCCUAACGAAUAUUUUGACUUAGAUGUUAAAACAAAUGAAGAAGAAACGCACUUUUUAGAGCUAGUUUUGAGGAAAUCCUUAGAUAGAGAAGAAACACAAGAACAUCGUUUAUUAGUGAUCGCAACUGAUGGAGGACAACCCGAACUAACAGGUACAGUUCAGUUGUUGAUCAAUGUAUUGGAUGCUAAUGAUAACGCCCCAGAAUUUGAUAAAUCCAUUUAUAAUGUCAGAUUGUUGGAAAAUGCACCGAGUGGGACAUUAGUUAUUAAACUGAAUGCCUCAGAUGCAGAUGAGGGCAUCAAUAAAGACAUAGGGUAUUUCUUUAGUAAUUUUGUUCUUGACGAUGUAAAGUCCAAAUUUAUAAUUAAUUCUAAUACUGGUGAAAUAAAAGUUAAGGGGGAACUGGAUUAUGAAGUCUGUAACUCAUAUGAAAUUAAUAUUGAUGCCAUGGAUAAAAGUGCAUUCCCAUUAACAGGACACUGUAAAGUAGUAGUGAAACUCCUGGAUGUGAAUGAUAAUACCCCAGAGAUGGCCAUAACCUCCCUUUUCCUGCCUGUGAAAGAGGACGCUCCAGUCAGCACGGUCAUUGCGCUGAUCACCGUGUCUGACCGUGACUCAGGUGCUAACGGGCAGGUGACCUGCUCACUAAUGCCCCACGUCCCCUUCAAGCUGGUGUCCACCUUCAAGAAUUAUGCGCGCAUCCCGUUCCGCGUGGGGCUCUACACAGGCGAGAUCAGCACAACACGCUCUCUGGAUGAGACCGAAGCACCGCGCCACCGCCUUCUGGUGCUGGUGAAGGACCAUGGAGAGCCCGCGCUGACAGCCACAGCCACAGUGCUGGUGUCGCUGGUGGAAAGUGGCCAGGCGCCGAAGGCCUCAUCGCGGGCGUCGGCAGGCGCUGUGGGUCCCGAGGCUGCCCUGGUGGAUGUCAACGUGUACCUGAUAAUCGCCAUCUGUGCGGUGUCCAGCCUGUUGGUGCUCACGCUGCUGCUGUACACCGCGCUGCGGUGCUCGGCGCCGCCCACCGAGGUCGUGUGCACGCGGGGCAAUCCCACUCUGUCCACGCUGGUGUGCUCCAGCGCGGUGGGGAGCUGGUCAUACUCGCAGCAGAGGCGGCAGAGGGUGUGCUCUGGGGAGGGCCCACCCAAGAUGGAUCUCAUGGCCUUCAGCCCCAGCCUUUCACCUUGUCCUGUUAUGGGUAGGGCGGAGAAUCAGGCUUUAAAUGAAGAUCAUGAUGCCAAAACUUGUGAUUCCAGGAGACAAUAG